AUGACUUAUACUAUAUCUAUAUUAUUAGUAGCUUUGAUUAUUGGUCUUAUUGCUGUUGCCUCUAAUCCUUCUCCAUAUUUUGGUGCAUUUGGUUUAGUUAUGGUAGCUGGGGUUGGGUGUGGGGUUUUGGCUUGUCACGGGGGUUCUUUUCUAUCAUUGGUUCUUUUUUUAAUCUACUUAGGUGGGAUGCUUGUAGUUUUUGCUUAUUCAGCGGCUUUAGCUGCUGAUCCUUUCCCGGAGGCUUGAGGUAGUCGCCCGGUGUUAAUUUAUGUGUUUAUUUAUUUGUCAGGUGUUGGUUUAAUGGCUUUAUUUUUUUGUGGUGGUUGGUAUGAAGGUUCUUGGGUAAUUGUGGAUGGAUGAGGGGAGUUUUCUGCGUUAUGUGGUGACUUAGGUGGUGUGGCCGUAAUAUACUCGUUUGGUGGGGGUAUGCUGGUAAUUUGUGCUUGAGCAUUGCUUUUAGCGUUAUUUGCUGUAUUAGAGCUUAUUCGUGGCUUAAGCCAUGGGGCUAUUCGUGCGGUUUAA